GUCAAACUGGCAAUAAAGGCUGAUCAAACUUUACACAUUCAAUACUUUAAAACAUUCAGAUUCUGAAUUACAGACUUCAUGACAUUUCGAAGUUGAUCUUCAAAAUGGUGCUGCUAGAAGCAAUAAUUUCGAAUGUUUUGGGUGCGUUCGCUUUGUUUUUACUGUGUUCAGCUAUAUACAACUGGAUUAAAAGCCGUGGUUAUCCACCAGGCCCGAUUGGAUUGCCUGUGAUUGGAUAUAUGCCUUUUCUGGGGAAAAAACCGAACAUAACUUUGAGAGACCUUAGCAAAAAAUAUGGAGAUAUUUUCAGUUUCUAUAUAGGACCACAACUCGUCAUUUGCGUCAAUGACUAUAGAUUAGCCAAAGAGAUUCUGAAUCAUCCAUUGACAUUAGCAAGACCUCCACAUUCUUUCGACUUCUUGGUUGGAAAAGGAGGUUUCUCCGGCAUGAAUGGAGAAGAAUGGCAGGAGCAACGCCGUUUUGCUCUUUUGACAAUGAGGGAUUUGGGACUGGGAAGAGGAUUAUGGGAAACAAUGAUACAGGAAGAUGCAGCGGAAUUUGUGAAGAAAAUGAAAAAAGCCAAUGGUCAGCCGAUUUCUUACACAGAGCCUCUAGCCUUAUCUCAAAUCAUGAACUCUCUCUCUCUCCUCUUCGGGAGGCACCUCGACCCUGAAGCAGAUAAAGAAGACAUUGAGACUUUACAAAAACUUGGAAGAAAACUGAUGGACAAAUUUUCGGCCGUCGAUCUGACCAUGAAUCUUCCGUGGCUAACUAAACUGUUAGAACUUCUCAAUUUAUCCGGAAUUCAAGAUUUCAUGAUACUUCUGAAAAAUUUCGAAGAUAUCUUCAAGAAAGAAGUUGAGAGACGACUACGAUCCAAAGAGGAACGGACAAAAGACGACUUCAUUGGCUGCUACUUGCGAGAAAUGGAAAAAAGAGAAAAUAGCUCACAACCACAUAAUUUCACGGUGAUAAAUCUACGGGGCAAUCUUUUCAUUUUAUUCGUGGCUGGACAAGAUUCUACUGUGGCUUCUGUUGGCUGGCUUCUUCUGCUGAUGGCCAAAUUUCCGGACGUUCAGCAAAGGAUAUGCGACGAAAUAGACAAAGCGAUUGGCAGAGAUGGAACAGUUUACUACGGCGACAGAAACAAACUUCCAUAUACAACGGCUACUAUGCUAGAGAUGAUGCGAUGGGUAGCAAUUAAUCCUCUUUUCCCACCUAGAUAUGUUUUAGAUACAUUUACUUUUAAUGGCUACACCAUUCCAAAAGGAGCUCAUAUUAUAUGUAAUAGCUGGGCGAUGCUUCACGAUCCUAGGUACUUCGAAGAUCCCAUGGAAUUCAAACCAGAAAGAUUUCUCUCAGAAGAGGGAAAAUGCGUGAAACGCGACGGAUAUGGACCUUUUUCAUUUGGUAAACGCAAUUGCCCAGGAGAGGGUAUAGCCAUGAUGUCUAUGUACCUUUACUUUGUAAGCAUCAUGCAAAAAUUUAAAAUCAAAACACCAUAUGAUCUACCCCCAGAUAUGGAAUAUAAAUACAGUGCUGGCGUACUACCCAAACCUCAGAAACUAUGUUUCAUCGAGCGAUAAGAACUUAAAUAAAAUAUAAUUUAAAAGAAUUUUCGACUUUUUAUUAUUUUGUAGUUGAUGUCAACCUAUGCAGUUU